CUGACUUGAAUAAAUUGUGAUUGUUAUUAAUCUUCAUUUUGCAAGCUUUGCCGCAAUGGAAGUGUGAAACAGCCGCCAUUAUUGGGUGACAGUAGAGCAAUUCUUCUCGUUGGUUUUUAAAUUUUGUUAUUCGACUUUUCCACCCUCACCCAGAUCUGCCCUCGCAAUUGAGCGAAUCCGUUUCCUUUUCAAAAACCAUUCCUCUUCUCCACCGCCCUCUCUUAACCUUCUCCAUACCUUCCGCUCUCCGAUUCUUCAAUUAUCGUCUUUGAUUCCUUUCCUCCGUUGUUGGACAACCUCACCGAUUCAUUUCUUUUAUUCCCGUCGCAGCGGCGGCGGCGGAGGAGGCGGCGGGGCGGCAAGGUGUGGUUAGGGUUUCUAAUUUCGCCACACCUCCCAUCUGUGUCGGUUUCUUCAAUCUCGAUACACAGGCGGCACAGUCGUUUCUGAGAAGCUCGGUGAAACUACAGCUCUACCCUCAAUGACGGAUUUGGGCCCAAUUUACUACACGGUCAUCGCGUUCCUAUGUACUGCCGGAGCAAUUGCUUUGGCGAUGCUCCACAUCUACAGGCAUCUUCUCAAUUACACGGAGCCUAUUUUUCAGAGAUAUAUUGUUCGCAUCAUCUUUAUGGUUCCGGUUUAUGCAUUGAUGUCAUUUUUGUCCCUUGUUCUGCCUAAGAGUUCCAUCUAUUUCAAUUCCAUCCGUGAAGUUUAUGAAGCUUGGGUCAUUUAUAAUUUCCUGUCACUGUGCCUGGCGUGGGUUGGUGGCCCAGGAUCAGUUGUGCUAAGUUUAAGUGGCCGUGUUCUGAAGCCGUCUCUUGGUCUGAUGACAUGCUGCCUCCCUCCCUUACCACUAGAUGGGCGUUUUAUAAGGAGAUGCAAGCAAGGCUGUCUGCAAUUUGUGAUUCUGAAGCCUAUUUUAGUUGCUGUUACGCUAAUACUUUAUGCAAAAGGGAAAUAUAAGGAUGGAAAUUUUAAUCCAAAACAAUCAUAUCUGUAUCUUACGAUCAUCUAUACAAUCUCAUACACUGUGGCUCUUUAUGCUUUGGUGCUUUUCUACAUGGCAUGCAAGGAUCUGCUUCAGCCAUUUAAUCCAGUUCCGAAGUUCAUCAUAAUAAAGUCUGUUGUUUUCUUAACCUAUUGGCAGGGGGUUCUUGUUUUUCUUGCUGCAAAGUCAGGCUUAAUAAAGAAUGCUGAAGAAGCUGCUGAGUUUCAGAACUUUAUAAUUUGUGUCGAGAUGCUUAUAGCUGCGGUGGCUCAUCUUUAUGCCUUCCCAUAUAAAGAGUACGCUGGUGCAAAUAUUGGUCCGUCACGUGGUUUGACAGGAAGCCUAGGACAUGCCUUGAAGUUAAAUGACUUCUACCAUGACACUGUUCAUCAGUUCGCACCAACUUAUCAUGAUUAUGUAUUGUACAACCAUAACGAGGGUGAUGAAGGAACAAGAAAGUACCGAUCACGAACCUUUGUGCCAACUGGACCAGAGAUGGAUGCUGUGAGAAGAAACAAGCACAUGUUUGGAAACAAACUGGAUGACAUUCAGCUGUCCAGUCUCUCGUCUUCUGGUGCAAGCACUCCCCAAAACCCUAUCGCUGUUCCAGAUUCUGCACAACCUGAUACCAUGAAAUCAUCCCUACUUGUGGAUACCACAAGUUCUUUUUCUGUUCCAUAUGAUAUGUCACUCAUUGAGAUGGAUCUAUCCAAUUACCCUGAAAAAGUUCCUGCUGCAAAUGAUACUGAAAGUAGGUGACAAGUAUGAAGGAAUUGCCUUGGGUGAGAGAUUUCCUUGUACAAAAGAAGGCGAUUGCAGGGGCAGGCAUGUGGGAACCUGCGGGGGCCUCCCAUGCCCAAUUUGGUGCUGGCACGGCCGUCAAUUUAUUGAAUUGUGUUCCAAAGCCUUCUAUUGUUUAGGUUUGCAUUGCAACUUGUAGUCAACAUCUUGGGUUUCCCACUGUAAUUUAGUGGCCUCUCUUUUUUUGGAAUAUGUUGAGACCAGGGAUUGAACCUUAUAUUUGUGAUUGAAAAGACACAUAACUCUAUCAUUGGACGAUGUGGCUGAUGGUUUUAGUGGCUUGUUUGUGGUAGUUAUCCAAGCUUGUUAACAUGCACCAUAGAUGGUGGACAGGAUUAUACUGGAAGAUUACAGUUUCAGUCAUCGAAUUUGGUUUCAGAUUCCCGCUCUAUCCCCCGCAUAUUUCAACCAUGUUUGCUUAUGUGUGUUGGUUUGCCAGUACUCACAUUGUUUGUCUGUGUAAUCUGAAGGGCGCUUGAAUUUGAUUA